AUGAACUGGUUGUUUCUCCGCCUUAUCUUUGCAUGCCUGUUCUCAACCCGCAUUGCGUACGAAUGGACAGAAGACUCUGUCAUCAAGUACCUCUGGUCCGCAGCUGGGUACGAGCUGAUAGCUGUGCCGCUCAUUAUAACAAAGAAACAUCAUCAUCCUCGUGUUGCGGAUGGAGAGGAUAAGGGUGGUGAGAGUGGUGAAGGAAGGAAGUAGAAGGACGCGGAUCGUAUCGUUGCCGCUUUAGAAUCGAAACAUACAUCUCAACAACCGCCGUCUCCUCCACUCGCAGAUGCAGGCAGAGACUCAUGUUGCAUAUAAGAUUUGCAAGAGGUUGCUGGAUUGACUGG